AGAGAACUGUGGAGAGAGAAAAGAAUAAUAAUAAAGUCUCUCUCUCUUCAGUCUGUGCUAAGAUCUGUGUUCGUCGAGUUCUGGAAAACUUUCUACUCCUGCUGUAGAGUUGAAGGUAUACGUCAAAACAACAGACGCACCAGGGCAGUGAAGGAAUUUGAUUCUUCUCUGCAGUAAUUUCAUCUUCUUGUCACCAAAGAAGGCUACCAAUGGACUCUGCUUCUUCGUGGUUCUGACCACAAAAUCUCAGUAGGAGGGAAUGUCUUCCAGACUCAGCUACCAGAGAACUUGUGAUACAACAGUGAUGUCUGUGAUCAAGAAAACGAUUUUGCUGGUUAUAGUGUACUUCUCCUACUGCUGUGCUAGUUCAAUCGUGGAAGAGUCAAAUGACUUGAUGUACAAUAAUCAAUUUGCAGUGAACAUUCCAAAUGCUUCUGAAGUGCUAGUCCAGCUCAUCGCAGAGAAACAUGGCUUUCGAAGUUUGGGCCAGGUUGGAUCUCUGGAUGGGUACUUUUUAUUCGAACACGAUCAUGUCCACAAGCGGUCGGCCGACCCAAGCGGCCUUCACCACGAAAAACUCGUCAACGAACCGGGAGUUGUAUGGGUAGCGCAGCAAUUCGAGAAGAAGCGGUAUAAGCGAGAUUUUGCGUCUCGUGCAGGUAUCAGCAAUUUCGCCUUGGGUAAAGGAAGUGAAUUUCCCGAUCCAUUUUACCGAGAACAAUGGUAUUUGCACGGUGGAAGUCAGGAAGGCUUCGACAUGAAUGUUAUACCCGCCUGGCGGAAAGGUUACUCAGGCAAAGGAAUUGUCGUUUCUAUUUUGGACGAUGGCAUUCAAACCAAUCACCCCGAUCUCGCCCAAAAUUACGAUCCGUUGGCCAGCUCGGAUAUUAAUGACAACGAUAGCGAUCCCAUGCCCAGAGACAAUGGCGAUAAUAAACAUGGGACGAGAUGCGCUGGCGAAGUAGCUGCUGUCGCUUUUAAUUCGUAUUGCGGCGUAGGCAUCGCAUUUAAUGCCAGUAUCGGUGGCGUGCGGAUGCUUGACGGCACAGUUAACGAUGCCGUUGAGGCACGAGCGCUCAGCCUUAAUCCUGACCAUAUCGACAUUUACAGCGCCUCAUGGGGACCGGAAGAUGAUGGUAAGACGGUAGAUGGGCCGGGUCCGCUUGCCAAACGUGCCUUCAUCAACGGAAUCAUGAAGGGACGAAAGGGCAGAGGAUCGAUCUUUGUUUGGGCUUCGGGUAACGGCGGCCGCCAUGAUGAUUCUUGCAAUUGUGACGGGUAUACGAACUCCAUCUUUACUUUGUCCAUAUCGAGCGCCACUCAAGGAGGAUUCAAACCAUGGUAUCUCGAAGAGUGUUCCUCCACUUUGGCAACGACCUACAGCUCUGGACGACCUGAUGUCGAUCGAUCCAUCGCCACGGUCGAUAUGGACGGCUCACUUCGGCCGGAAUUUCUUUGCACUUCAGAUCACACGGGCACAUCUGCUUCCGCUCCCUUAGCAGCUGGAAUUUGCGCCUUGGCGCUAGAAGCCAAUUCUAACCUCACCUGGCGUGAUAUGCAACAUCUGGUCGUAUUUACGUCCAGGCCGGAUCCACUUCAUGAUAACGGCUGGGUUACUAAUGGCAUUGGCAAAAAAGUGAGCCAUAAAUUUGGUUAUGGCCUCAUGGAUGCCUCAGCCAUGGUGACGUUGGCUGAGCAAUGGACUAACGUGCCUCCGCAACAUGUCUGCCAAACACCUGCUGAUCAAAGCGACAGGCUCAUUCCCAGCGGCUUUGGACAGAAAUUGGAAGUUGUGGUAGAGACAGAUGCCUGCGCCGGAUCCGCUCACGAGAUCCGUUUCUUGGAACACGUUCAAUGCAGAAUUUCGCUCCGAUUUGCUCCCCGUGGAAAUCUCCGAAUUCGAUUGACUUCACCAUCGGGAACACAGUCGGUGCUCUUAUUUGAAAGACCCCGUGAUGUCCUUGAUUCAUCCUUUGACGAUUGGCCGUUUAUGAGCGUCCAUUUUUGGGGUGAAAGGGCUUCUGGAAGAUGGAAGUUAGAGAUUUUAAAUGCUGGAGUAAAGCGUGUCAACAAAGCAGGAAUAUUGAAAAAGUGGCAACUUGUGUUCUAUGGGACGGAUACGAAUCCCAUUCGUUUACGUUCGCUUCAAACACCGCGUCCCACAUUUCCUAACCUUGGUGGUGGGGCAGCGACUAUCGGUCGAGAUGUCCACCGAUUAACAGCCCCGCCGUCGGUGGCGACGCCAUUUGCUCCCACAUUUAAAAGCGUCGGCCAUGUUCCUAAUCCAACCGGUGGCCAAUUAUUCUUUCCGGGCAACCCAGGAUUUCGUCCGUCUAAUUUCCCCAAUACGGGCUACCCGGACUUCCUCCAGUUUGCCGGAAGCCAGCCUGUAACUUACAGCGCUGCAUUGGAAGCUACGCAACCUUCCAACGUAGGAAUAAAAAACAACUGCCCCAACUUUAGCCUCGACGGAAAUUGCGUCGAUGCCUGCCCACCGACAGGAUAUUACGUCUCACCAGAAAUGGUUUGCUUGAAUUGCCACAGUUCUUGUCGUAACUGCACUGGGGCAGAACCCCAUCAGUGUCUCUCAUGUGCACCCCAAUUCAGUCAAAUAAUCGAUAAAAAUCUUUGCGUGGAACAUUGCCCUGAUGGAUAUCACAUGGAUGAGACGAAGAUGAUGUGUAUUCCCUGCCAACCCCAGUGCAAUACGUGUAACAGUGCGCUUGAAUGUUCUAGCUGUGAAUUCCGCUUUGUUAUUCAUGACGGCCAAUGCCUGCCUUCUUGUCUACCUGGCUAUUACGAGACCGACGAUUAUGCUUGUGCACCAUGCGAUACCAGUUGCUCGACAUGUCGUGGGCCUCAUCAGGACCACUGUGUUACCUGUGCUGAUUCAUUCUCAGAAUUUAACGGAUCGUGUAUUCAACGCUGCCCAGAGGGUUUCUGGAGCCAUGGGUUGUCUGGUAGCAAACAAUGUUUACCUUGUCCGCCGGGUUGUGAAGCCUGUUCUUUGAAAGAGAAUGGCUUUGAUCUUGUAUGUAGCAGAUGUGCUGACCAAUGGGUCCUUGACGUUUCCACUCUUCUGUGUCUAAAUCCUUCAGCAAACAUCUGCCCUGAAGGCGAAUAUGUCGUAGAAGGCAAGUGUUACCCCUGCCACGGUUCUUGCAGUGAAUGCAGUGGUUCUUCUAGCUCUCAAUGUACUCACUGUUCGAACCGCACCAUGCAUCUUGGAUCGUGUCUAGAAUCUUGCCCGCAAGGCACAUUUGUUGAAGCUGGUUCUGUAGAUUCGAGGCACAUUGAAUUCUGUCGGCCUUGCCCGCAUGCUUGUGCUCAGUGUGACAGUAUGGAUCAUUGCACAGAAUGCCUAGGAGCGCUUCAUUUGCAGAAUGGCCGAUGCCUUGCCUCAUGCGAAGAUGGGUAUUAUAGUGACCGGGGAGUCUGCGUAAGGUGUCAUGGAAGUUGCGCAUCGUGUAGCGGACCAUUAGCCACCGACUGUACACGCUGCGCCAACAGCUUUUCUUGGCUGCAGCAUCACUGCCUUUCACAAUGUCAUUUGGGUCAUUAUAACAUAUCUCUUGGCUCGUUAAUCGCGACGGAAUUUCAGACGCCCUCAAAGAUGAAUCAGUUUCUCUGCGCUCGUUGCCACGCCUCUUGCCAGAUGUGCGAAGUAAGCCCGCUCAAUUGCCUAUCCUGCUCUGAUGGAUUUGUCUGGAACAACAGCACUUGUAUUCCUGCCUCAGUCGAAGCGAGAAUAUUUGAAAUCCCGUUGGUCGAGUUUGUCAAGGAGUCCGAAGGACGAGGCAUCCGGGCAAAAGACAAUGUGGAACCAGGCCAUUUUAUCAGUGCUUCCCAUUGGUUAUUUGGAGUGGCUGCAAGUUUUAUUGCUGGUCUUAUUGUCGUCCUGGCAAUUCAGGUAAAAUCACGCUCGAAGAAAUAUUCCCGAGUUCCGUUAUCGAGUUCCGAAAAUGAUCACGAAACCGGGCAUGAGAAGUUGCUUUUCGCAUCCGACGAGGACGAGAGCGAUAAUACGUAUCCUAAAGUUUGAAUAGACAAAAUACUUUCAACUGUGCAAUCUGUGUAAUGCGUAGCACACAGAAAUGCCAUGACGAUCUUUUGGCUAGUUUCCCGACCAAAGGCGAAAUAAAUUUUUAGCCUCUUAAAAUAAAUGGCUAAUAUUUGCCAGUGACAAUCAGUCACGUAAAAAUGGGAUUUCGAAACUUUAUUGCUGCUAUCCAUUCAGUUGUUACUUUAAAACAAGUAAUGUGAUGUUAUUGUAAAGUUGUGUUGAUAUUGGACGAAUUGCGUGUUCAUACGCUGACGCAUUUUCCGUAAUGUUGGAUAAAUACAAACAUUUCCACAAAGA